UGACCUUGGCCCAUCUACUUCCCUGCCCCACCUACUCUAUCUGAUUGCGGUACAAAUUGCGAUCAAUUGACAUGAGCUCCCCAUUCCCAACAGCUGCCAUCCUAUCACCACCUCCAUGUGCUUCACGAUUGCAUUCAAGCGCAGCCUCCAUCCCUCGGUUCUCCGUGGUCUCGGUGCAUGAUUAGCGCGAGCCUGGUCAAUGAAGCGCCUCAACAACAGAUGCCUCGACGCGCAUUCUACCACCAAUCCUCCUCCCUGCUAAUGAUGCACAGCACCUGCUGGACAACAUCAGAUUGAAGCACAGUAAUGCUUUCUUCGUUUACCUCGCGUCAGCAUCACCGUUGGAUUUACGGACUAUACAUCCCGUUAUUACCAGCUCAUGGGUGGCCCUGUUCAGCUACCCCGGAUUUUCAUCUGAGCCUGAAUCGCUUACCUGGUCGUGAUUCCAGACCUGUUUAUUCGACCCGGCUUGCUGCAAGCAUCCGCUUAUGGCCAGCAAUAAUCGUGCAUUUUCAGUCACAUCAACACGCAUCUUCUCCGGAAACACCCACUGGCCUUUGCUGCUGCGUACUGUGUACUGUGAUAUACACAGUAUUCACUUUGCCAAGCCCCGACUUCUGGAUACAGAUUAGUGCAAACCAUCUGCACCAUGUUGAGAGGCUUUUCUGUACUGCCUUGUCGAGAUUCCCUAACCUAGAUUCGAUCACCGAGGUGCACAAGUUAUCAUAUUAUCAGAACCCUGAGGCAGCUUAAGCUUCGGCAGUAUGGAGAACAUCGUUCCCUUUCCCCGUCGGAAAACCUCCGUCUCCGAAACGGGCGCUAUUCCAAGUCCACUAGCUUCACUGCGCCAAGUCCCCAUGAUUUCUACCCUUCCCUU